CUCAAACGUCCACAAGCUACGCAAUGCUAAGCUCGAUAAACGACGUUUGCAAGAAUGCGGCGCUAAUAAGCUGUCCAAUGUUAGGCAGUGAUGAGGGUAUCGAGCCGGUCUGCUACGCCCGCAAUAUAGUUAUAGGUGGUACACUCAUUUUCCAGCCGGCUACCUGUUUCAUACAUAUUGUCGCUAUAUUUAUGACAGUAAUUAUGCUCUAUCAUAUCAGGACCAAAUAUACGGCGAUUGGACGUAAAGAAAUAACGCUCUUUUUCUAUUUAUACGGUAUAUGUGAAUUAUUAGCUAUCUUCCUGGAUAGUUCUGUUAUACCAACUUCACAUGAAACCUACCCAUGGUUUGCAGCGAUUUAUAUGGGUUUGACUACAGCGAUGUUUUGGUGCUUACUGGUGAACGGAUUCAUCGGUUUCCAAGUCAUAGAAGAUGGUACUACGCUAAGUGUAUGGACAAUGCGUGGUUCUUCCUUCGUUUUAGGUGCACUCUCCUUCUUUGUUCAUAUUGCUACAUAUAAAAAUAUACCCGGCUUUGAUCGUAGCAAUCCUAUCGCAGUCACUAUUUUCACUUUUAUCCUUCACAUCAUCUGCGUUGGUAUUUACAUCAUCACUCAAUUUAUCUUGGUUUUAAGAACGUUAGAUGAUAGAUGGCCAUUAACUAACAUCGCCUUUGGUGUUGGUUUCUUCGUAAUUGGUACUGUCGUUUUACUUGGGUUCAGCGUACAAGUAUGCAAUUCAGUAGAUCACUACAUUGAUGGACUGUUCUUCGAGACACUCUGUUAUCUACUUUCAGUUAUGAUGGUAUACAAAUAUUACGAUGCUAUCACGAAAGAGGACCUUGAAUUCUCAGUUGGAUCUAAAGGAAAUGUCUGGGAAGUCAAAGACACAGCUAUCUUACAAGACACAUCGCACAAUGACACAAAGUAUCCGCCGACAACGCACAAUUUCUGAUCUUCAUUUUAUGUACUUAAUAUUAAUAGCAAAUUCUUU